AAGUAAGCUUAGUCAAAUCAUCCUUCAAUGUCUUGUAAUGUCCUAGUAUUUCAUGUAUCCUUAAAAAAACUUCAUGCUAUGGAAGCAAAAUCUUUUGUCUGUCACUAAAUCGUGCAUUGAUAGAACCUCUAAUUAUUUAGAUUUUCAAAGCAAACGGACGCAUUGAUGCUGGUCUACGAAAACAUUUGGGAAAUUCUCACAAAUUGGUUGAAUAUUUAUAUCCAUCACAAAAGAAGCAACGACCAAAAGUUCAACCAAUAACACCAGAAAGAAAACGUGAUUUGGACGAAG